AUGGAUUGCAGGGCGAAGUCCGACUUUUGUGAAGAAACCAGCUUCAGCGAGCCAGGGUUCGAGACGAUCAGUCUGCAGAACAUGGACUUUCUGCAGAUCAACGGACAUUUUACGGCCCACCCGCCGUCGACCUGCUCGACGAGAAGUUGUUCCUUGGCAGCAACUCCGGUUCCACCGGAUGAGGUUCACUCGGAUGGCGAGGUCGCCCCGGAGAGCCCGAUGCUGCCACCCCGUCGAUGCUCCCUACCGGCGGCGCACCAGUUCGAUAGCGGUGGCCGUGCAACGCCCGUCUUCACUUGGAACCCGAUGCCGACGUGUAGGAACGUGGUUUAUGCCGAGCAAAACCAACAGAUUGUGUUUUCGCAGCUCGAGCAAGAGGUGGAAACGGAGACGAGCGUUUCAGACCUGUCCGGCUCGGCCUCGGACGGCGAGGAACCGGAGCACUCCGACGAAGGAAUGCCGCCCGAGGGCAUCUAUCCCAACUGUGACGUGAGCGUGUGGUUGCGGUCCUGCGAACAGGAGAUUAUCGACCCGAUCGAGGGCACCGUCAAGGGCAGCGUGCCGGAGUGGCUGAACGGAAGUCUGCUUCGAAACGGUCCGGGCAGUCUGAAGGUGGGCGACAUGAUGUUCAAUCACCUGUUCGACAGUUCGGCCUUGCUGCACCGGUUCAACAUCACGAACGGGAAGAUCACGUACCAGUGUCGGUUUCUCAAGUCGGAUGCCUACAAGAAGAACAACGCCGCCCGGCGAAUCGUGGUGAGCGAGUUCGGUACCAGCGCCGUUCCGGACCCGUGCCACACCAUAUUUCACAAGAUUGCGGCGAUCUUCAACAAGCCGGGCGAGAACAACUCCGACAACGCAAUGAUCUCCAUCUACCCGUUUGGCGAUGAGUUCUUUGCGUUCACCGAGAGUCCCAUCAUUCACCGGAUCGAUCCGGAAACGCUCGACACCGAGGCGAAACUGAACGUGUCCGAUUACGUGGGCAUCGUGAACCACACGUCGCAUCCGCACGUUAUGUCCGACGGGACGGUCUACAAUCUGGGGUGCUCGGUGACCCGGACCGGACCGGCCUACACCAUCAUCUGCUUUCCGCACGGGGAGCGGAUGUUUGAGAAUGCGCGGAUUGUCGCCUCGGUCCCGGCCCGCUGGCGGUUCCAUCCGGGGUACAUGCACACGUUCGGCAUCACGGAGCACUACUUCGUGAUCGUCGAGCAGCCGCUGAGCGUGUCGGUUCCGUCGAUGGUGGUCAGCCAGCUGCGGAACAAACCGAUGGCGGCCUCUCUGAAGUGGUUCGCCAACCAGCAGACCCACAUUUAUCUGCUCGAUCGUGACACGGGCGAACUGCGGCACACGUUCCACAGCGAGCCGUUCUUCUAUCUUCACAUCAUCAACCAGUACGAGCAGGAUGACCAUCUGGUGCUGGACGUAUGCUGCUACAAGGACCCGGCCAUGCUGAACUGUAUGUACGUCGAUACGAUGCGCAACAUGCAGAGCAAUCCGGACUAUGCGCGCAUGUUCCGUGGGCGGCCACUGCGCUUCGUGUUGCCACUGCACUGCAGCGCCGGGAAGCUGAAGAAGCGUGACCUCACCAAGACGGCCAGCGUGGAUGACGCUUCGUGGGCCGAUAUGUGGCAGACCUUGGGGCACACCGCAGACGCCGGGUGUCGCGAGUCCCGCCCGACCCAGGAACUGGUGCUGCAGAACCUGGUGCGACUUGCCGGUGCCAAGGCGACGGCCUACAUCAUGCCGAACCGUACGAUCUUCUGCAAACCCGAGCUGCUGUGCGAUCUGGGCUGCGAGACGCCACGCAUCCACUACGAGCGGCACCUGGGCCGGCCGUAUCGAUACUUUUACGCCAUCAGCUCCGACGUGGACGCCAGCAACCCGGGCACGCUCAUCAAGGUGGACGUGGUGGACAAGAGCCGGCUGACGUGGUGCGAACCGAACGUGUACCCGAGCGAACCGAUCUUUGUGCCGGCCGCCGACCCACAGACCGAGGACGAUGGCGUGGUGCUGGCGGCCAUGGUUUGGGGUCGCGAGGCCGAGAAUCGAGUCGGGCUGCUGGUGUUAGACGCCAAGACGUUCACGGAGCUGGGUCGCAGUGAGUUUACGACACCGGGUCCGGUGCCCAAGUGUCUGCACGGUUGGUUUCAACCCGCGGCCAACUGAGGCCACCGCCGCCAACAGGGCCGUCGCGGGCCUAAGGAACUCUCGGGGCCAAAAAAACACCGGCUCCGGGCGUGCUUAGGCGCAUGUCAAUGCACCGCCGGGAGGUUAUACGUAUGCUGAUAGCCGAUAGAGAAGCCGGUUCUAGAAAUGCACCACCCGCGGUGGCCCGAUCCGUUCGGUGACCGCAAAAGUUGCGUUGCGUGUAGAUAACGAUCCCGCGGGGAUGCGGAUCACGAGAUCACUUGGAAAACGCGUGCUCAGCGAUGCGUUCCGUUCCGCACAAUUGACCUUCUCUGCCGAGCCGCGAUAGGGGUGAACCGGAC